CGAUUAUAACCAAUUUGAUGAUGAUUAUUAUUACAUUAUUAUGUUCAUUGUUCUUAUUGUCAACAACAACGAAUGCAUCUACCAUCAAUACUGCUGCUUUUGCAUCUAUUAGACAUGGUCAUAAACGACAACAAUUCAAACAACAAUUUUCAUAUCCGUAUGUAAAACGUGAAAAUAUUUAUUAUGAAAGAUUCGGAGUUUGGAUACGAGAUCCAUAUCGUUGGCUUGAAGAUUCAAAAAGUACGGAAACAGCAACGUUUGUUCGUGAACAAAAUGCCAUAACUUCGAAAUAUAUUCAUUCAAAUGUUAAUUAUGAAUCAAUCAAAGAAAAAUUCAAACAAUUAUACAAUUAUACAAGUUAUGGUAUUCCAACAAAACAUGGUGAUAAAUAUUUUGUUGCCAUACGAGAACCAGAACAAAAUCAAGCCAUUAUUUAUAGCCUCAAUUCAUUGAAAGAUGAACCGAACAUAUUUUUAAAUCCAAAUGAUUUAUCAUCCGAUGGUACGAUAGCAUUGAAAUUUACAGCAUUUUCAAGAAAUGGAAAAUAUUGUGCAUAUGGCAUAUCGAAAGGUGGUUCAGAUUGGACCACUGUACGUGUGAAAAAUGUCGAUACAUUAAAUGAUUUAGAGGAUGAUGUUCUCAAUAAAAUUAAAUUCUCCAAUAUUGCAUGGACAAUUAAUAAUGAUGGAUUUUUCUAUGCUUAUUAUGAUAAAUAUAAUGGUGAUGGUGAAGGGACCGACACUGAUAUACCAGAAUAUCAAAAACUUUAUUAUCAUCGUUUAAAUACAAAACAAACGAAUGAUAUUGAAAUAUAUGGAUUUCCUGAACAUCCCAAGUGGUUAGUAGGAUCGAUAAUAAUGAGUGAAGAUGGCAAUAAUAUACAUCUGUUUCCCACGGAAGGAACAUCAAAUUCACCAUGGUUAUAUGCACAUAUCGAUCCAAUGGCUAUAAAUGGAUCAUCGAUAUCAUUUGAAUGGAUUGUUACCGAACAAGAAAUUGAUUCAGAAUAUCAUUAUGUUGGUGAUAAUGAUAAUUGUACAUAUGUACGCACGAAUUAUAAGGCAAAAAAUUUCCGUCUAGUUUGCAUUAAUUUAAACAAUCCAUCACGGGAUAAUUGGCGUGACAUAAUAGCCGAAUCAUCAGAGGCAGUCUUAUCUGAUGCAUUCAUAGCUGAUCAUGAUAAAAUUGUAGCCACCUAUAUGAUUAGUGUACAGAAUAAAUUGAAAGUGCAUCAAUUAUCGGAUGGAAAAUUUCUAUACGAUAUUGAAACAGAAAUCGGUUCAAUUAUGACUGCUGGUGGUAAAAUGCAAAGCCCGGAAUUUUUUUUCCGUUAUUCAACAUUUUUAUCGCCCGGUAUAAUUUAUCAUUAUGAUUUAUCCAAUAAUACAAAAGAGGUGUAUAAAAAAUCAAUAAUUGCUGGUUUGGAUACAUCCGAUUAUAAUACUGAACAAAUUUUCUACAAUAGUAAAGACGGAACUAGUGUUCCAAUGUUUAUUGUUAAAAGAAAGAAUAUUACAUUGAAUGGCCAAAAUCCAACAUGGCUUUAUGCAUAUGGUGGUUUUAACAUUAAUAUUCAACCGGAAUACAAUCCAAUGGCCAUGUUUUUUGUUAAAUAUUUAAAUGGUAUUUAUGCAUCGGCCAAUAUACGUGGUGGUGGUGAAUUCGGUGAUGAUUGGCAUAAACAAGGAAUGCUUUUGAAUAAACAAAAUGUAUUUGAUGAUUUUGCUGCUGCCGGUGAAUGGUUAAUUGGAAAUAAUUAUACAUCAAGAAAUUAUUUAACUAUAAAUGGUCGAUCAAAUGGUGGAUUAUUAGCCGCUACUUCAGCCAAUCAACAUCCUGAAAUUUUUGGCUCAUCAAUCGCUGAAGUCGGUGUAUUGGAUAUGCUUAAAUUUCCAUUAUUUACGAUUGGUUAUGCAUGGGUUGAAGAAUAUGGUGAUGUAAUAAAAAAUAGUACACAUUUUAAUUAUGUACUGCAAUAUUCUCCAUUGCAUAAUAUACGUCGUAAUCUUGAACAAUAUCCAAAUAUGUUAGUGGUUACAGCCGAUCACGAUGAUCGUGUUGUUCCGGCACAUUCAUUUAAAUUCAUAUCUCAAUUACAAUAUCGUUUGGGUAGAAAAUUGCCCGAUACACCAUUAAUGAUUCGAAUUGAUUCAAAUUCUGGACAUGGUGCUGGAAAACCUGUAUCCAAAUGGAUUGAAGAAUAUACGGAUAAAAUUUGUUUCUUAUUAAAUUCUACGCCAUAUAAAUAUAAUGAAGCUGACCAAUAAUUCAUCAUCAUCA